AUGACAGAAACUCCCCAAGCGCAGGCCAUCCGCACUUACAUCCGGCAGUGCGAGCAUCGCCUGGAGCCCCAACUGGCGCGCUUGGAGGCCGUCGCCGCAGAGCGCAGCGCAGAGAUAGGGAUGCUGCGGCAGGCCGUUGCCAGCGGAAUUCGCGAGGCCAAGGAGCAGUGCGCGGCAGACGCCGAGGCUAGGCGGCAGGAGGCUAUCGGGCCACUUCAGAGCGAAGUCGCGGUUCUGACGUGUCAGGUGGAAGAUCUCAUGCGGCAGUUCCACGCGGAAGUUAAGGCAGUUCAGAGGGCGGCGUCGGCAUCGGAAGGGCGCGCCAGCACAGAUCCAGGCGCGCGGAUUGCCGAGGGGCAGGGCUCGGAAGAGCUGGGCCCCAGGUCCCAGGACGGGGGGGACACCGCGGCGCGGCCAAGCCGAGGGACAGCCGGAGAAGAGAUCGACAACCUGUUGGAACAGGUCAAGGCGGUGCACUUCGCGCCGGACAAAGGAGGGGGUGGGAUGAGGGGCGGCGAGGCCCGCAGGGGGUAG